AUGAAAUACAAGAAUCAUUAAAUUUUGUAAAACAACGAUCAAUUAUUAGUUAGCUCUCACUUAUCUCAUAAAUUUUUAAUUUUCAGGAUCUUGGAAGCAAUAAAAGAGCAAGGGUUAUCUUAUCAAAAGUAUAGAUAUUAGGACAAUAUUCUUUAAAUACUGGAAUUUCAUUGA